CAUGGACUCCACAGGCACCCCGUUUCAAAUGUCGACUACAGUGGAUGUUUCGAAAACUUACAAACGUAAAUCACUUGAUCGAUAUGAAAGAAUUGGAAAUUUAUUAGAACAAUUUUUAAAAGGAAAGCUACAGCAUAUUCAUAAAUUUACUGAUUUACCAGAUGGUUAUUUCCUAAUUGAUGAAAUUAUCCAAUUACCUGAAUUCAAAAAAGAACAUUGUACAUAUGAUGAAAUAAUUGAUGUUGUACAUAAUGAUGCAUUAUUACGAUUCAGUGUUAGAGGAUCAAAAGUUCGCUUGAAACCGCCUGAAUUAAAUAGAGACCCUGAUGUAAUUUUAUCAAAAAAGUUAGCUUGGAUUCUACGUCAUGGAGCAGAGAAUGUCGGAAUGAAAUAUGAACCUGGUGGUUACCUUUAUGUAGAUAAAAUACUUCAAUUGAAACCAUUUCAAGGGGUUCGACUAGAAGAUAUUUCACGUGUUGUUAAUUCGAACGAUAAAAAACGCUAUGAACUGUCGACAAAUCCAGAAAAUGGCCGGUUAAGAAUCAGAGCUUACCAAGGUCAUACUGUUACAAUCGAAGGAUUAGAUAUUUCGUUGAUUGAAAAUCCUGAAGAUUACCCAACUGUUAUCCAUGGUACAUAUUUUCGUAAUUGGGAUUCAAUACGUAGAGAGGGCUUGAAACGUAUGCAACGUACUCAUAUACAUUUUGCACCGGGUGAAGUUGGUGAAACUGGUGUGAUAAGUGGUAUGCGUUCAAGUGCUGAGAUUAUUAUUUAUAUUGAUUUAAUUAAAGCAAUAAAUGAUGGAUAUAAAUUUUACUUAUCAAAAAAUAAUGUUAUUCUAUGUGAAGGAAAUAAAGAAGGUUGUUUACCGACGAAAUAUUUUCGUGCAGCUUAUCAACGUAAUCCACGUCGGAGUUCAAUCCAUUGACAAAGAGAAAUGAAUCAAUUAAUUGCGUUCAAAUCAUUUGAAUAAAGCUGUCUAUUGACGAUCAACUCCACACCCAUACCAUAGACAAGUUUAGAGUCCUGUGCACUGGUUACGACACAAUUUAUGGCCAUCACUCUGGAUCACACCGGACCUGACGGUCUUUCUUAGAGAUAAUCCAUUCAGGCACCAAACAAAAUAAAUUCCUUUUUACGUUUCUUCAUUUUAUAAUUAUUUUUACCACACACCGCUCAUAUAGUCCAUAUUUACAAUAGAGUGGGGGACUAGUACGAUAUCCAUCCCUCAUGUUAGCUCAUGAAACAAAGUCCCGUCAUCUUCGGGGCACCUUGAGGUGUUAGUUGGACUCUACCCUGUCCCAUAGAAACAAAUUAGAAUAACAUCCCAAAUGGCUGGUGUUGACGAUAAAUCGCACAGUUAAAAACAAUCUCACUUCAUAUUCUGUCUUAGUAAUCAAUCCAUAAGGUCUUAAACUUUCACUCACUCCGUAAAACAGCUGACUUGAAUAAUGCUUCUCGUAUAAAGAACAUACUUAUAUUUGUUGUGUAUAAAGAUAAAAUUCUCACAAACAUUCUGAUACAAAAGUACAAAAUUCUGUCAAUACAGUUAUAUCGUGAUUAUGUUUACUUCCAGUUUCAACUCUACAUUAGUGCACUACACUUGAACAGCCCACUUUCAUAUAUUUAUCUGUAUCUUUUGUUUUCUGUUAUAUAAUAUAAACUACUUUUACUUUAAACGAGUAGUUUGUUGUUUUGGAGACUAUUUUAUUUCAUUUUUCAGAUAGAUAAUCAGAUUCGUUGACUGAUUUUUGACUUUUUGGUUUGAUAUUGUAUAGCAUAUAUAUAUUUUUUUUUAUAUUUGGAUUUUACUGAGCUGCAUAUUCUUAUGCAUAUUACACAGAAUUUUACACAUUUGAAUUACUACACUAUAAAGAGUUAUUAUCAGU